GUACUCGAAGCUAAGACAAUACAAUCCACUUCGUUUCGUGCAAGAAAGUCAAGGGCAAAUCAAUGUUCAUCAAGAUCGACCGCAAGAGAGAGACUCCUUUUAUCUUCUUCUAAUUUCGUUUUUUUUUUUUAAUUUUUUGAGUAAAUGGGAACCAUUUCUUGCGUCAGUCAUGGUCACUUCUCCAACUUCGCGAGUUUCUCGAAAAACUCAAUCUGUUCAUCAUCAUCGUCGCCACCGUUUUUCAACAACCCAAUUCGCAUCUUCAAAAGCUUCACCUUCUCAUCAUCAAUGGCUGCUUCUCUUCAUGUCUCAGCCUCGUCCACAGUUGAUGAGAUAAGUGAGCCAGUGGAGGCGAUGGCGUCGUCUGGAAUGGUGGGAGAGAAUGAUCUGCUAAUUGUGGGACCCGGUGUUCUUGGUCGCUUAGUGGCUGAAAAAUGGAGGGAGGAAAAUCCCGGAUGUCAAAUUUAUGGGCAAACUGUGACGACGGAUCACCACGAUGAGUUAAUGACAAUGGGGAUUAAUCCAUUUUUGAAAGGGAAUAAAACUGAUCAGAAGUUUCCUUAUGUGAUUUUCUGUGCUCCUCCUUCAAAAACCCCAGAUUACCCCGGUGAUAUUAGGAUGGCUGCUUUAAGCUGGAAUGGUGAAGGUUCUUUCUUAUUCACAUCGAGCUCUGCACCUUUUGAUUGCUAUGACAAUGGACCUUGUGAUGAGGACACACCAACCGUACCGAUUGGCAGAAGCCCUAGAACAGAUGUUCUUCUCAAGGCUGAAAAAGUGGUGUUGGACUUUGGUGGUUGUGUUGUUAGGUUGGCUGGACUUUAUAUAUCCUUUUCAGACUUAAAUUAUGAAGAGAUAUGUAUAUAUGUUUCAUGGACUUGUGGAUGUAAUCAAUAUUGCAUUCAUGAUGGCCUUAACAUUUUAUACAAAUUAGAUAGAGGUGCACAUUUCUAUUGGUUACAGAAGGGGACUGUUGAUUCCCGUCCAGAUCACAUCCUGAAUCUUAUACACUAUGAGGAUGCAGCUUCCCUAUCAGUAACUAUUCUGAAGAAGAAACUUCGUGGUCGGAUUUUCUUGGGUUGUGACAAUCAUCCUUUGUCCAGGCAGGAAGUAAUGGACUUGGUUGAAAAAAGCGGGAAAUUCAGCAAAAAGUUUGAGGCCUUUACAGGCACUAGUGAUCCUUUGGGAAGGAAGUUGAACAACACAAAAACUCGUCAGGAAUUGGGAUGGGAGCCAAAAUAUCCUAGCUUUGCUAACUUCCUUGGAGUGUCAGAAUAAACCCAUACCUUCAUCUUCAUUUCCAAGAUUGAAUGGAUUAAUGGUGGAAGAAACUCGAUUAGUUGGCAUAGGGAAUAUUUUGCUAGCAUUCUCUUGUGACAUUUCUAUUUUCCUUUCCCAAUCAAUUCUGGCAAAUACUUGUUCAUGUACAGUUUCUGAACAUUCACACUAAAGUUUUAAUAAUAAAAAUUCCAUACUUGGCACAUUUUCA